AUGACCACGAGCGUCGGUAUCCGUGAUCGCAUAGGAUGUUAUCGAUGGACUUGGUUCACAAUGACUAUGGCAACGGGCGGUGUCGCGAAUGUCAUGCAUUCAAUUCCCUACCAGUCCCGCUGGUUGACAGGCGUCGGUCUCGGUUUCUUCUUCCUCAACCUCUGCCUCUUCGCCAUGAAUUGCAUCCUGAUCACACUCCGCUUCUGCUGGCGGCCGGGCAGCUUCAGGAGCUCCUUCACCGACCAGAUGGAGUCGCUUUUCGUACCAGCAGUGGUGACUGACGUCGCAAGAACUGCAACCAUCUUCAUUACCAUAUGCCAAUACGGCAUUCCCAACGUUGGCCCCUGGCUUCUCGAGACUAUGGGAGCCUUGUUUUGGAUUUACGUCAGUGCAAGCACAGUAAUCAGUGCCGGACUAUACUUGACUCUAUGGUCAACUCAGGUCUUCCCCAUUCAUACUAUGACUCCAGUAUGGGUAUUUCCUGCAUACCCGCUCCUCCUAACGGCCCCCUUCGGCGCCAACCUGAUUGCCGCUGCCAGCAGCUCUGGGCGGCUCAAGUCCAUCAACCCUGUCGCCAUUGCCAUGGCUGUUGUGACGGCUCAGGGGACGGGCUUCUUGAUAAGCUUCAUGGUGUGCGCCGCCUUCCUGUAUCGCCUCAUGACGCAAAAACUACCGCGCGACAACCAGCGACCUGGCGUCUUCAUCUCUAUUGGUCCGCCUGGUUUCACAGCAGCCGGCUUAGUCCAGCUUGGCAGCCAGACAGCCGACAUCUUGCCUGUUAACUUCAUGGGAACCGAGCAUGCCAUCUACAUCCUCAGGCUCCUGUCGUACAUGGUCGGCCUUUGGCUGUGGGGGCUCAGCAUCUGGUUCUUCCUCGUAUCGGUGGGUUCGCUCUGGAAAUACAUCUUUGCAGAGCAUAGAAAAAAGAUUUCGUUUCAGAUGACGUGGUUCUCGUUUGUCUUUCCCAACACGGCAUUGAUAACUGCCACGGAGCAGCUCGGCAAAGCGUUCGAUAGCAACGGCCUCAGGAUAUUUGGCUGCGUCCUUGCAGCUAUCAUCGUCCUGGUGUGGAUCCUGAUAUUUGCAAAGAUGCUACGCUGUCUGUGGAACAAGGAGUUGUAA